GGGAUUACGUUUGUCACGGGCCUAAAUACCACCUCUGCCAAAAUUGUCUUUUGAAUGUUACACUAUUUAUAAGGCACUGAAUUGUACGAUGAGCUUCAUUUGAAAAUAAAGUCUCUCUCUUGAAGAACGUUGAAAAUGUGGUUCAGUGCGAAGUUGUGUUUCUUUUUAGUUUUUAUAGCUUCAAAUUUUGGUGCAUUUGUGAGGAGCGAUGGUGGAAAGGCGACGGAUUGUUUCCAAUGUCUAUGGGAUGGUAGUGGUAGUAGUAAUUGUGCUGAUAAUCCGGACAAAGUCAUUUCGUGUUCUACUGGAUACUGUUACACUAAUGUGAAUGCAAAAGGAAUUUUAGGUAGGGGCUGUGUUGGAAAAGAUGACGGUUUCGUCACAUCAAAUGAGAAUUGCGAAAGUAGAAAAGGCAAAUGCAUUUUGUGUUCCGAUCAAGUAAAGUGCAAUAACCAUAAGCUAAAGGAACUGAAAUGCUAUGAAGCCACGUACACAAUUUCUGAUCCAAUCAUUAUGACCAACACACAUUCAAAAGUAUGCGCAUGGGCAUUAGAAGAUUUGGGAUGUUAUCAUUUGGAAAAAAACGGUAAAAUUGAAAAAGGCUGCAUGAGUAAUUUGGAUGAACAAACACGAGCUCAGUACCAGGCGGAUAACGAUGUCGAAAUAUGUACUCGGGAAAAUUGCAAUUCAAUGGUUGUCAAACAGCUGAAAUGUUCUCAGUGCAGUAAUGAAAAGGACGUCAAUUGUGCUGAUCCGACAGCAUUGCAAAACACUGCAGACUGUUCACAAGUUUCGAGCUCCUGUUUAGUUGGAAUUGAUAAAAAUGGAGCUACACAUCGAACUUGCGGCACGACUGAGCAGCAGGCAAAAGAUAAAUUUGAAAAGUAUGAAAUGUGCCACGGAACUACUUGCAACGAUCACAUUUUCCCCGAACAUCGUCUCAAAUGCUUGCAGUGUCAAGGUGGCAGUGAUUGCGAACUUAAAACACCAGAGUCGAAGCAAAAUCUAAAGCCGAAAGUGUGUGAGAUCUACACCGAUAAGGAAAAGUGCUACACUUAUUACGAGAAUGGAGGAAAAGUCUAUCGCGGCUGCAUGACUGAUCAGACGGAUAGCCGGAAAUCUUGCGAAAAAAAUGAUUCAAAUUGCCAAAAAUGCGAUGAAUCAGGUUGCAAUGACAAAUCAGGUGCAAAAAAAGUCAAAGUUUCGCUUCUCCUUGGCGUAACGUUAGCUACAGCAGUUAUUUUUGGGUUACUUAGAUAGAAACAAAGGGUGAACAUAAUGCAUACCGGGCAACGCAGCCAACUUCACGUUGGUUGUCACUUGGUUACUACUGCAACGCAUUGACGUAUGCUUGUAUUCGAAAAAAAAAACCAAUUAAAAUGAACUAAAACCAAAUGAAAAUUUAUUCCAAAUAAUUUGAGAGAUAUAUUUUUUAAUAAAGUAUAAUUUCUACUUAUAUUCAACCAAGUUUUAGAGAAAUCAUAGUCUUUGUUUUGCUGCAACAAGACUUUGUUGUUUAGUCAGAACGAAAGUAGAAAUUAAUUGUGAACAAUCCAUUUCAAAGUCUUAUUGCAGCGAAACCAACUCUAUGAUUUUUUUUAAAAUUUUGCCAAAUAUAAGUAGAAAAGGUACUCUUUUAGGAAAUAUGUUUUCUAAUUUUUUUUUGAAUCUACUUUUCAUUUGGUUUUAGUUAACUUUAAUCUGGUUAUUUUUCAAUCAGAAGCAUACGUCAAUCGCAACGCAAAGUGGCACAAGCUUGUACCAUUUUUCGCAUACACACGCGUAUGAAAGCAACGAUUGUAUGCAGAAAAUGGGACAUGCUUGUGCCACUUUGCGUUACGACUGACUGUAGUUGGCCGGGCAACCGCUUUGGCGUGGCGCUGUCAACAAUGUUGCCCCAUUCAUUCACACUUUGGAUAGAAAAUAAUAUUCUGUUGAAAUGUAUUUCUUGAGAUUGCAAAUAAAAUGUGGAGUCAACCAUAGA